AUGUACACAGCAAGCUCUAAAACUCCAAAGCCUCUCCCUCCACAGUUCAAUUUUAUACAACACAGAAAAUCAUCCAGUGUUGAAAGUAACACAGAUGAAGAAAGCCUAUCUGAUGAGCCUCCAUUGCUUAAAACCAAGUCAGAAGCUAACAAAUACGCCCAUUCAUUUUUACCUCCAAUAAGCACAGGAGAGCUCAGAAAAAGCCCAACUUUGCAAAUCGAGAUCCCUCCUCAUUCAGCUAAAGUUCGCAUAAAGCCUUUAUUUGGCUCUCCUGCAAAUGAAAAUGAAAAGGUCACAAAAAGUAAAAUCACGUUAAUUGACGAUUUUGGGCUACUGAAUCAAGAAGAAUUGGACUCUGACUCACAAACAAGUCUUCUUUACAGAAAUAAAGCAGCACAUGUAACUAUUUCUGAUUUUUGGGGCAAAAAAACGACACAAACUGUGCUGCACUCCCCUAAUCUAAAAGAUGCGGUUAGAUAUAUGAAACACAAAAGAUUUGUGGAUGAUAUAACAAUAAAAUCAUCUAUAGCUGCGUCAGCCACUCCCAGACAGAUGGAUGAGCAUGUAACUUUGAGACUUAUGUCAAGCACAUCGAAAGGGAUACUCACACCAACUCUUACCCCUUUUUCUGCAAAAACACCAUCGUUCGUAAUUAAAAGUAAUCAUGAUCUUACUUCUCCUUCUAUUGCAACAAAAUUUCGAUAAAUUUCUGUAUUUUGAAGUAAAUUAAAUCCCGUUUAAAUUGGAACAAAAUUUAAUUUUUAUGUUUAAAUCUAUUUAAAUAGCUUAUCACCCAAUAUAAUGUCUUUUUAUCUAAAAUUUACCUAUAAACUGCCUAUUAUAUUUGGAAGAGCAAUUAGCAUACCAUUUAAACAAGUUAGCACUUUGAAUCGAUAAAUUUUAAAAUUCACAUUUAAUAUUAGAGAAUUUUUUGCCUCAAUUUAAAGGGGGAGUUAAAAGGUCAAAGGAAUUAAGGACUUUAAACAAAAUUAUGAAAGGCUGUGAUGAAUUGCACAUGGAUAACAUGAAAGCUAUCCAAAGUCUUUCAAUUGAUCGAAGAAAAAGUUAUCCUACACAUCGUAAGCUUACUGCUGAAGAUAAAAAGCGGAUCAAGUAUAAUAUAUUUAAUAAGUUUAAUUCAGACGUCAGAAUUCUUCUAAUACCUCGGAAUUUUUUUAAUACCAUUUAGAAUUAGGAAUAUUGUUUCUCACUAAAUUCGGCAAAUAUAUACUCAAAAACAGUAUAAAAAACUAUUAUCAUAG